AUGAGAUCGAUACCAGAACCUCGCCAAUCAAAAUAUAAUCGAUUUAGAAGGUUAUUUAAUAAGGUGCAUAAUUGUGUCACUUUGAAAAGAUUGAAAAGGCGAUGGAACCUACACAAGUUGAAGAAGAGCUCAAGGAAUACAAAUCAGAGAUCUGCAAUCCCAAUAGACCGUAUUGCUAAUCUUCCUACUGGUAUGUCGCAUAAAUCGAGUAACAUGAAACCAUUGCUUCUAGUAUCGUUUAAUAAAGGUCAGGAGAAUUCGCCAAAGGUGAGAAUUCUAGAAACCAAUGGACAUUUGAGAUCUUGGAUCAGCGGUAGAAAAUUCUCAAUGAAACGAAUAGUGAAUAACGCAUCUGUAGAGAGAGAUCCUUAUCAAAAUUCGAGGCACACAGUUAGGCAAGAAGUAGCAAAACACGCAGAUUUAAAGGUCAAUUAUUCUGAACAAGGAAUCGUGAAAACUGUCGACAUACCGUGCUGUUACACAGAAGAUCCGAAGUUGAUUAAUAUAGGACAAGAGCACACUUUUAGAAUACGUGACUAUCCUUCUUUGAAUCCUAGUCAGCGAACGACGAGAAAUGGUUUCAGGAGUAGAAAUCAGCCUGAACCUGUUUCGCGCUUCUUCUUUGAGGAAGUUGCAGAGACCAUGUCCUAA